GCUCCGAUGAACGAUUGGUUAAUGAUGAGAUGAUGGGUGUGGAAAAUGGGGGAGAUAGUGGUGGUGGGUGUACGGUUCGGGUGCGGCGGAGGAGGGUGGUGGUGAGGAGGUUUCCGCCGCCGUUGACGUCGUUGAAUCAACAUGGUCAUCCGAAUUUUUAUCUCCGGUCGGUUAGGAAGGAUGGGAGGUUGGAGCUGACUGAGGUGAAGAUCGAACGGACGGAGAUUCUUCGCGCGUGUCGCGAAGAUGGACGGUUGAGAUUGCAUCUUAUUAAGGAUGAGGACGAGGAAGAGGAGGAUAGGAUUGAAGAGGAAGAGGUAGAAGAAGAUGGGUUUGUGAAAGAAGGGCAGGUGGAAUUCCGGCGGUGUGUUGAGGUGGUGAACCACCAGCGCCGCCGUGAGCACCACCGUGGCCACCACCACCGGAAUUUGGAUGUGUGGAGGCAGCACUGCGUGACAACGAGUUAAGAUUUUUAUUUAUUUUUUAUUUUUUAUUUUAUUAAAAU